CAGACCCCCACCCGCACCCAGUCGCCGUCACUCCCAAGCCCUAACCAAAAAUCCAUCCCCCCUCUUCCCGCUGGCGGCGGCCACCCCCGACGAGCCGGCGCGCCCCUCCGUCCUGCCCCCGGAGCCUGUCUCCACCGGCGAGCUCCGCCGCCCCCCGCGCCGAGCGCGCCCCGCCUCUCCAGCCUUGGUGCGCCCUACCCCUACUGCCGGGAGCGCGCGUCGCGGCGCCUCUCGCACCUCCUCGCGCCGUCGGGUGGCUCGUGGCAAGCAAAAUGGCUUUCUCAUCGGUUUUCCGGAGAGUGAAUGUCAAAGAACUGAUCUCAAAUGCUUCAGUGUAUGCUAGCGCAACAGAAUCUUCUGGAGGAAUGAGCUUGGUGUUUAGACGCUGGGCCACCAAGAAGACUGCUGGAUCGACAAAAAAUGGCCGUGACUCCAAUCCCAAAUACCUGGGUGUCAAGAAGUUCGGUGGAGAGAAAGUGGAACCAGGAAACAUCAUUGUUCGCCAAAGAGGAACGCGCUUCCACCCUGGGGACUAUGUUGGCAUGGGCAAGGAUCACACUCUCUUCUGCCUGAAGGAAGGCCAUGUUCGGUUCGAGCGCAACAAGCUGACUGGCAGGAAAUGGGUUCAUGUUGACCCUAUGGCUGGUCAUGUGCUCCACCCUGUCUACGCCAGUGGCUCGACUACUGCAGCUGACCUGGAUGCACAGUUGUAGGGACCAUGCAGUUGCUUAUGCUCUUCCAGCGGAUUCGCCGCUCCUGUGCUUGUCAUCAGCACCACCAAGUGCCUCUCAUUACACAAUGCAACUUGUUGCAGCAAAGAUGCUUGCGAGCAAGAAAUGCUGCUAUAAGUAGCUUCAGUGAGGAGCAGAAAUUUCAGCUUGAUUAAUGUUCCUUUUUAACAUCAGUUUCUUUGAGAUGCAAUGUUGGUUAGUUUCAUGUCUGUGGAAGUGUUGAUUACUUGUGGACCGGAAUUUUGUCAUUUGGUGCAUUUUUUGGAACCAUGAGCGUUCAACUAGAGGUCAAA